AUGGCAUCCACUCGAUCCUCUCUUCGUGAGGGCCUACGUCAGGCACCAAAAGUAAACCAGCCGUUUAUCCCUGACACCGCCCCGGUGCGCCAAACUCGCUCUGGUGGACAAGGGCCCAACUCACUCCAAGGAACCCCCACCGGUCAGACACCGAAUUCUCAUUCUGCGGGGCCUGAUAUUUCAAACCCAUCCAGUGCGCUUUUCAACAUUGACCACUUCGAGGGAAAAGAUACGAGACAGGUGCCGAUGUCAACUCGAGAAGUCGCCACUCCUGGCAACAAGCCUGAAGUUUUUGCCAAGAGGACGAGGGAGCUAAAAGCACCUGAUUUCUACGAUCCCUAUUAUCCAUUGCGGUUUCUUAAUCUCCCAAACCCCACCAACAUUUACAAGCGCGUUCAUUAUGGUCUCCAGUCCGGAAUACCAAACGAAGUAGACUUUGCCUUGUUUCAUCUUGUCAAUAUGUCGCACCAGCGUGGUGACAAAUUGAGAUUUGAAGGAUUUCCACAAAUGAUGGAGACAUUGAUGGAAAAGGCUUUGGACAUCACAUGGCUUUGCACUGGCGUCAAAUGGGAAUUUUUGCGUGAUCACUACAAAUGGCCUGAGCAGAUGCAUCGCCCCAAUGUUCUCAAUACCUUGUGGGGAACUAACGACAUCCUUGAUCGUAUCAAAAAGAUACCGGUCACACUUCCAAGAGAUACGCUCGUGACUUACGAAUACGCCGACGAAUUGCGACUCAUUAAGCAGGCUAUGUUGGCCUUACGCAACAUGUGUACUCUGCCCGAGAAUGCCAAGUUCAUCGCAAAUUAUUCAAAGGGACUUCUCCGUGACUUUCUUGUUGUGAUGUUCAAUCUUCCUUACGAGAAUCGGUUCAAUGAACUCACGAAUGACGCUCUUGAUAUCGCAGCAGAUGUCACAAAAUUUCUCCCAACUGCCCCGGAUGACCCGCUGUGCAUUUCAUUGUUCCGCUUUAUCGGUGAUGAAGACCGGGCUCACGUCACUCGAGGUCUUUUUGCUCUCACCGCUUUUUCAAAAGAGAUCGAGGAGGGGCCUAAGGACCACCUGGCUAUGCUGAAUGUUGACAAGAAGCAUCUUACACGCCUCUUACACUACACGCUACUUGAGGGUGACUUGGAUAUCCUUGAACUUGCCAUGGACUUUUGGUAUCAGUUCACUUGCAUUCCUGAAAAUGUCGAGUAUCUCGCCAAUCUUGUUAACAUGCCAAUCAUGUUCGUCAAAAGAAUGGUGGUGUUACUUACCUUUCAAGCUGUAAAAGAAGAUCAGGAGACUGUUCACCAAGAAGAGAAGCGUGCUCCGCCCCCUAGCACAAUUCCUAAAGUGCCACCUGAGCUUCUCAAAGAACUCAUGGAAUUGUCUGAACCCGAGCGCAGUUCUAAAUGGCUCAGAUGCUGUUUCAUCGAGGAUGCGGACUGCGAGAUUACGCAGAUUGCCUUAUGGCAGGCGUAUCAGGCUCGCUUUGUGAACCCCAACGAGAACGGUAGUGGUGUUCUACCCGCAGCUGAGUUCAUCAAGAAUGUGAGCACGACUUUCACCAACGCCCAAGCUCAGGUUGUUCCUGUUCAAACUGCUGGCGGACAGACGACCAAGUUCAUCAUCAAGGGAAUACGUCCACUUGAAACGGCUUUAACAUUUGAUGGAUGGCCCUAUCUUUACUGCAGGUGGGCUGUUGGUAAUCCGCCAAAUCAAUAUUGCGACCGUGCGUUCACUCUUCCGGAGGAUCUUCGCAAACAUGUUUUUGAAGAUCAUAUGGCACUUCAGCCUAGGAGUCCACCUGGAUGCUAUGUUCUUAAGAAGGCUGAUAAACCCAUUCACCAAUGCAAAUGGGAAGAUUGUACAGAGUGCAGACGACCUAGUGAUGAUACUAGCUUGGUUGCUGAACACGUCGGUGCAUCUCAUUUGCCUUUACCUCGCAAACCGAAUGCCAAGCCACCUAAUCUUGCACGUAAGAUUCUCCAACCGCGUAUCGUGCGUCGUUCGUCAUUUUACAAUACCCCGGUAACUAGCGAAGGGGAGCCUUACGGUGUUGCGUACAAGGCAUGCUUGAUUUUGCGCAAUAUAGCAAAAUUCGCAUGCUUUAUCACAAGCCGCGAUACCCUCUUUAAUAAAUGGGAUCACAACAAAACUUUGCGGGGACCGUUGACGGAGCUUCUUCUCUUGCUCGACGAGUGCCUGCCGACCCUACCCAAACGUCAUGCAUGA